CACCGCACGGUAAAUCCCAGCAUCCCUAACGACCAGCCUUUCUCUUCCGGUGGCUGCUGGUGGUGCAGCAGGAGGUUCAGGAGAUCAGUCGAGAGUCAUGGCCAAGUCCAAGAAUCACACCAACCACAAUCAGUCCAGCAAAUGGCACAGGACAGGGAUCAAAAAGCCCAAGUCUUAUCGAUUUGAACCCCUGAAAGGAGUUGAUCCCAAGUUCCUGAGGAAUAUGCGGUUUGCCAAGAAACACAACAAAAAAGGAGGGAGGAAGGUUGAAAGCAAAAAAUAAAAUGGCAAUUACCAAGAAAAGGACCGACAGUCAUAACGAUUUAACAUCUACUGUCUUUGAGGAUGGCAGUCAUGUGAUAUAUUGUAUUCCAAAUUGUUUAUUUUGAAUAAAACCCUAGUUGGGACUUCAA